CAAACACGAAGUGCUGCCAACCAACCAGCCAACUCGCCUCGCAUUCAUUGAACAGCGCGAGUGGAAGUCGGUCGUUUGAACGCGGAUGUGAACGUGUGUCCGAUUGGCUCUAUAAGAAGUGAACGGAAGUGCAAAAGCGCGCGCAUACAAACAUUCGGCUAACGAGAUGCACGAAGUGACAACAAUAACAAAAAACACCUGUGCCCAGUAAAAUUCAGUGUACACAAGGAAGCGUAUGAAGUUUGUGAAAAAUUGAAAAUUUGUGUUUAAUUUAAGAAAAUACUAAGCUUUGGAAGCUUGAAGGGAAAGAAGAAUUGUAAAUUGUCUUAAAUUGUAUUGUAUUAACUGCGUAACAGCAGUUUUGUGGCUAUUAGGGGUUGCAGAACACAAGUGUAUACAAGACAAGUGCUGAAAAGGCAGCAGCUAUCAGCUGCAGUCAUAGCAAUCAAUGCGACAAUAACAACAAACACUGAGACAGUCAGUGACGUUUGCAAGUGACACAGAGCCUUCAGUUGGCAUAUGUAAUUGACGACCUUAAGUACUACCUGUGCUUGGCUGGCCCUGAGUCGUUGCAAAUCUUAUGGAUUUACAUUGUACUUUAAGUCAAACUAAGUGCCGAUGAGCAGACACCGCCUUGCCGCAAGAAAGAAAGUGAAAAGCUCACGUGCCAAACGGAAGGAAAUAUAACAAGUGUAUAUAAAGAAUAUAUAAGUGUCUUUGUAUGUGAAGUGUUGGAAUACAACGAAUAUACAUAUAUACAGGCUAUACUCCUAACGCCAUAUAAAAGUGUGGCAAGUGUAUUUCGGUGGUUCGUUGUCCGAAAAAAAGUGAAAUUCUAAGCGCUUAGCAACGACUACCAGCUACCCUACAGCUGCUGCUUUAUUGGAAAGCUGUCGGCGGCGCCUAAGCCAGCGGGUUCGUGUUCCAGUAGGGAGGAUGUUUACUAUGUACACGAAAUUUUGAGUGCCAAGCCCAAAAAUAAAAUAGCACAAUUCCAAUGUCACCCUCACGCAAUCAACUGAGCUGUUGUCACAAGUGAAUCACUGUUGUUUCUUACAUUUACACCUCAUCAAACAUUCCACGUCAAAAUCAGACAACGCGUAGCAUCAUGACCUUCUAUUGGUGGUCACAUUGGUUCUGGAUAACAACAUUGAGUACUAUCCUUUUGAGCAUUACAUUCGUACACACAUAUCCAAGCCAAGAGAUUUCCUUAGAGUACAAUCAAAAUAGUAAAUCCGUGAAAGCGGUGACAAAAUUACAACAGACGACGACGAGUUUAGAAUGGACCACUACAACACCAGCAACACCAUUGGUUGCGCUCAAUAAAGACACUAGAGCAGACGCAGUUGUUGAACCAAUAUUACAAGAAAAACUUAAAGACAAAGCCGGUAGUGCAGAUGAAGAGCUGGUCUCUGAAGAUCUAGACAAAAAGCAGGUGCAAGCAGCUGAUAGCGAAUUAGCAGACACUGCUGUGGAGCAAGAGAACAUUGUAGAAAAUGAAGACAAGCCAACAGCAGAAGAGGGCGAGUAUAAAAGAUCUGCAGAAAAUUAUAAUAAAACCAUAGAAGACACUAAAGCGCUUGCAAAUGAAGAUAGUGUUGAGGAACCACAAGUCGCCGCGGUGGUGGCUGAGCAGAGAUCGGCAUCUGUUGAGGAAAGCAGACAGAAAUUGAACCACGCUGAUGAAGAACUAAGCAACUAUACAAACAGCAGUCGGAAACGCGACGAGACGAGAUUCAACGCAACCUGCGCGAACUGUAACACCGCAGCACAUCAGCCCAACAGCACCACAGCGGCCACGCGCACGCUGGAAGCGCCAAAAACCCCGAGCCAACAGCCGGCUAACAACACGUCCGCAACUGCAGCCCACGCGAAAUCGCGCAUAGACUCGCUGCACUCCGAAACACUGGAGUGGCUGAAUGCGAUGGCAGUAGCCGCUGCGCUGCCAGUGCCCAAACUGCUCACCAACGCGCCACAAGCGACCGAAAUCGAUCGCGAAGUGGUCACGGUGCCAACAGAGUCCGCGACGGUGGGCGCGGCAACGACACAGCAACGCAUACCCUUCACAUUGGAAAAUGCCAAUAAGGAGGACGAACUGCGACGUGCCGAAAACGAACAUCGUUCACGCAAAUCGAAAGUGCUCUCAGCCGAGUACAAGCACAUCAAUCGCUACAUCAACUACUCAUCGGACAGCAAGAGUCUGCUGACGCGUAGCGCAUCCACGACGCCCAACGAUUUCGGUGGCAUCGAAGAGGGCAACAUCUCCUCGGAGGCGCUCUCGAUACAGCGCACUUACUUUCUGGAUGCCGGUGCCAUUUCGGCCAUUUGCUUUACCAUCUUCGGUGUUUGUUGCACCGUUGGGACCAUUGGCAUAGUGCUGUAUCGGCGUAGAUACGUGAAUAAGCCGCAGGCGCUGAGCGAGCCCGACUCGAGUGUCUACAUCGAUGAUAGCACGAUGCGUUUAAUUUCUUUUGACGAUUUACAGGAUAACUCCGAUGAGAUGUACAGCUUGGACAAUGACUCCUUUCUCAAUUCACUGGAGGCGAUGACAAUACAAAACUACUGGACGGACACCGUUAAACAUACAAAGCUUUAAUUUCAAAUUUACAAUAACAAAAAACACACAUACAUAUGUACCAUUUAUAUGGGCGUGUGUGUAUACAUAUAAUAUAAAUAUUAGUGAAUUAGUUUAAAAGAAUCGCAUGCAUAUUUGAAGAAUUAUAAUUAAAUGAAAUGAGCGUCUACUAAACUCAAAUUAACAUAAUCAUUAAGUUUACACAUUUAGCUGUUAAUAAUUGAGAUUGAGAUUGGAUUUUAUAUAUAUACGUAAACAUAUGUUACUUAAUUUCAUGUUUUACCGUUGCGCACUGAGUGCGAUAGGCAAGCUACGCCUAGCAGUGUGCUGAAUUGUUGAACGUGAAGCUAUUAUUAUUUACUAAUUAAAUUGUUUAUUGUUUAUAGAGACAUUUGUUGAAAAAAAAAAAUAUUUUUAAUUAAUUUUAUUUUUUGUUUACAUUUUUUUAUAAAUUAAAAUAAUCUUUAUUAUAAUAAAAAUGCUGUUGUAAUUUUUAAUUACAUAAUUUAAA